CAAGAGGUGAAAGAUAUGGGCCAAUCCCUGAAGAAACAAGGAAGUGAAGAAAAGAAGGAUAAGGAAAUUGGGCCCAUAAUUGAAAAAUGCUACGAUUCACACUUUGCUGACCCAAAUAAGGAUUGGAAUUCAGCUGACUUCUACCAUGCAGUAUGCCAGACGGUCGAAGAACUCAACAAAAAGCUCGGUAGCACCCAGUUUCGUGUGCCUAAGCCUGCCACAUUGGAGCAUGCUUUCGAAACUCACCACCAAGGCAAAGGGAAGUCAUUGACGAAAGAAGAAUUUCAGAAGAUCCUUCAGGAUGUGAUUUUUCAUACGGGAGUCACCGGAAUCGGAGCGAAAGAUAUACUGUUCUUCCUGUUUGGCAUUCCAGUUACAGCACUAUUUAUCAAGCAACGACUGAUUCCUAGAGCCAUUCCUAAUGAAAUCUUCAUUCCUGCUGUCACUUCUGCUUCUGUUUUCCUUCUUGCGAAACUUAACAAGAUAUGACUUCUCUACCUCGUCAUGCACUGCAACUGAACUGCCUUUGCUUCUUCUGGUGUACUUUGCUCAGUGUAAUAGCCAUGAUUAAUUUAC